GAGCUGGUUUAUCUCAAAAAACACAGCCAUAUACCACGUGGAUACCGGUAGUGCGAGCAGGUAUUUUUGCAGAGCUGCAGAACAUCGUGAAAGCGCUCAAGCGAGAUAAACGGUUGCAAUACAUUUACCUGAACGAGUUAAUGUUAUUGUAGUAACCAAACUUGUGGCAGGCGUUGAGCUCCUGCGUCAGAGUUUACGCACCAUGCGCCCCGUGUGACUGGGAGCGCUGUGAUUUCGCAUCUCUGUGCGCGCAGAGAUGUUGCAUACUGAGACAGUGCCUGAAUGAAGACGCCGUACACUCACUUUGGAGUCAUACUGUCGCACUGACUCGGACGUUAGAGCCCAUCCUGCACACGACUGAAGAUUUAAGAAAAAGAGCACAACUUGCUUUCCCUGCUUCCUCCUGAUCUCCCUCAGUCAACCCAGGCUCUCCGCUUGCCUCCACCAGCCUCAACCUGAAGGAGCUCCCACGUUGCAGCCAUGCCAAAGAACACCAAGGUGACCCAGCGGGAGCACAGCAAUGAGCCAGUCACUGAGUCGGUGGCUGACCUGCUGUCCCUGGAGCACCCCAUGGACUAUAAGAGCAGUCAGAUGAGUAUGGGUCUGAGUCCUGGCUCUACUGCUCCAGUAAAGGCCCUGCUACCCUCCCCUGACCCAGAUGCCGAGGACGGCCGACCGGCGUGGAACAACAAGCUUGAGUACAUCCUGGCCCAGGUGGGCUUCUCCGUAGGCCUGGGUAACGUCUGGAGGUUUCCCUACCUGUGCCAGAAGAACGGCGGAGGUGCAUACCUGGUGCCCUACUUUAUUCUCCUCAUCCUCAUCGGCAUCCCCUUGUUCUUCUUGGAGCUGGCGGUGGGUCAGAGGAUCAGGCGUGGCAGUAUCGGGGUGUGGAACUAUGUUUACCCACAGCUGGGAGGCAUCGGGGUUUCCAGUCUCAUGGUUUGCGGUUUUGUGGGCCUCUAUUAUAAUGUGAUUAUCGGCUGGAGCAUCUUCUAUUUCUUCCAGUCGUUCCAGUAUCCAUUGCCAUGGGCUGAAUGCCCCAUCGAGAGAAAUGGAACCCAAGCCAUCGUGGUGCCGGAGUGUGAGAAGAGCUCGGCCACCACUUACUUCUGGUACCGCCAGACUCUCAACAUCACCAGCUCCAUUGACGACACGGGGGGCCUGAACUGGAAGAUGACCCUGUCCCUGCUGGUGGCUUGGAUCUUGGUCUGCCUGGCUGUCAUCAAGGGUAUCCAAUCCUCUGGGAAGGUGAUGUACUUCAGCUCUCUCUUCCCAUAUGUGGUGCUUUUCUGUUUCCUGGUGCGAGGUUUGAUGCUGAAGGGAGCAGUGGAUGGCAUCGCUCACAUGUUCACCCCUAAGCUGGAAAAGAUGUUGGAGCCGCAGGUGUGGAGAGAAGCAGCCACGCAGGUCUUCUUUGCUCUCGGGCUGGGCUUUGGCGGCGUCAUCGCUUUUUCCAGCUACAACAAGCGGGACAACAACUGCCACUUUGACGCAACACUGGUCUCCAUCAUCAACUUUGUUACCUCCAUUCUGGCCACGUUAGUUGUGUUUGCUGUCCUGGGGUUCAAGGCAAAUGUCAUGAACGAGAAGUGUGUUGUCGACAAUGCAGAGAAGAUCCUGGGCUUCCUAAACACCGGUGAACUGAGCAAAGAGCUGAUCCCUCCUCACAUUAACUUUUCCCACCUGUCCACUGUGGACUACGCAGAGAUGUACAGUGUCAUUAAGACGGUGAAGGAGGAAAGCUUCAGCCAGCUGGGCCUGGAUGCCUGUUUGCUGGAGGAUGAACUCAACAAGGCAGUUCAGGGCACUGGCCUAGCGUUCAUCGCCUUCACAGAGGCCAUGACACAUUUCCCUGCCAGUCCCUUCUGGUCUGUUAUGUUCUUCUUCAUGCUGAUUAACUUGGGUCUGGGAAGCAUGAUAGGCACCAUGACUGGCAUCACUACACCCAUACUGGAUGCUUUCAAGAUCCGGAAAGAGAUUCUGUGUGUGGCUUGCUGUAUCAUAGCCUUUCUUUUGGGCCUGCUGUUUGUGCAGCGUUCAGGAAACUACUUUGUCACCAUGUUUGACGAUUACUCAGCUGGUUUGCCUCUCACUGUGGUGGUGAUCCUGGAAAACAUCUCUGUUGCCUGGAUCUACGGCACAAAGAGGUUCAUGCAGGACCUGGAGGACAUGCUUGGUUUCAGGCCAUAUUCCUUUUAUUUCUACAUGUGGAAGUAUGUGUCACCAGCUAUCCUGGUGGUGCUGAUCACCGCCACUGUCAUCGAGAUGGCCGUCAGUCCUGCAGGAUACAACGCCUGGGUGGAGGCUGAGGGUGCAGAGCAUUUCCAAAGCUACCCUCCGUGGGCUUUAGCCAUGGCCUACGCCCUCAUCGUGGUGGCUAUGCUGCCUCUACCCGUCGUCUUCAUUGUCCGCCACUUCAAUCUGAUCUCAGACGGUUCAAACAAGCUGUCCGUAUCCUACCGUAAAGGCAUGAUGAAGGACAUCUCCAACCUCGAAGAGCAAGAUGAGCAGCGCUUCAUCCUCAGCAUGAACCCCAGCGAGGCUCCUUCUCCAAUGCCCACCCACCGCGCUUACCUGGGCCCCGGCGGCACCCAGGAGAUGACCAACACCAACUAUGGCACCAACACUAAGACGAGCUACCAGAACAUCGGCUCACCCGAGUCUGAGCUAUGAUCCACUGAGCUCAUAGAUCCUCCCGUCCAUUGAACCCCGGCCCUGCUUGGAGAGAGGGAGAUAGAGAAAGAAAGGGAGGAACAGAGGAAGUCAAGAUGGAGAGAAAAUUCACUGCUGGUUGUUGCAGCGUUCAUAACUCCUUAACCCCCAGAGUUGAAUCCCUUAUUUUCUGCACCAUCGCUUCUUACCUGUGGCUCUUCCCUUCUUUCCAGCCCUGAUAUGAUGACCUUUUCCAUCUGUCAACAUAUUAGAGAGGGGGGCAGAGAAAGGAAUUGAGGGAUGAAUGAAGCUUAGAAAGAUCCACUGAUACUGACUAGAUACAGGCUUUGUUUUGUAAUAGCUCUGGCUGAGGUUAAGAUGUGUGCAACACUAAAAGGCUUUACAUUGUACUGAACCGCAAUCCCAUGUGUCACCAGUUUAGAGAAGGUUAUUUUUCAGACAGUUGGAUGUUCCAAGAUAUAGGAGAUCCUCAACCUUAUUCUGGUUCAGUUGUAAAGGAUUGUUAUUUGUGGGGAUAGGAUGGAAGGAGACUCAGAAAAAAAUUGUAUGAGAGCAUUUCUUAGAAAACAAAAUGAUUAUAAAUACAUCCACAACAGUAUGUAAUAAGUGAUUCUGAUAGUGUAAACAGUGUUACAAGCACAUUACAUCUUUAAGUUCAUUGUGCCUAUCAUGCAUCAGCAAUAAUAACCAGUCAAAGUAGGGUCUUCAUAAAACUGUGGAUCUCCUUCUACCCCUGCAUUCCCCACUGAUGUAGAAUACUGUACAUAUGUGUUGUGCAAUAGUCAGAGAUGUCACCGUAAAUCAUGUAUAUACACCGCAGUAUAGUGCAAAACUUUUCGCCUCUUCAUUUUGUCUCCGUAAAACACAGAAGCACAUUCACUUGCUAUCGUUAGAGCAUCUCUGAGCCUUAACACAGAGCAGCACUUUUCUUUUAAACAACCUCUCUCCUCGACAAACAAGGCUCUGGAGUUGUUGCCAAAAGCACUGCACACGUCGUCACUGUGCUGUUCCAGUCGCAGCUGGCAUAGACAAAGCUUUUCCAUUUCAAUCAUUUUUAUCAGGCGUGUCCAUUUUAAUCAAUGCCUUAGAAGGGCAGGAGGUGGCACUGCACGUGCAGAGAUAAGCACAGUGGUUUGUGUUUUAUGAGCGGCGAGCUUCACGAUUGUCUCUGUGCAGAGAGGCAGACGACUAUAAAGGAAUAGAAAAUGUGAGUUCUGUCUCCGUGUACGUGCAGGUGUGUGUGUGUGUGUCGUUUGUUGUCUGCCACUGAACGAGAGCUCCCAGUGACCCUGUCGUUUUAAAAAUAGAGCUACGUUACCCAUGGGAAGCCGUGGCAACACACCAUAGAUACAGACCCUCUUCUGAUGUGGAAGAGGGAGAGAGAGGAGAGUGGACACCUUGCUUUGUCUGCUCCACCUGCACGACUGUUUGUUUGUUUGCAAUACAUAGAUGAGACGUUUUACUGUCAAGGUCCUACAAGAAUAUGUCUCUUGUUACAGCGCAUUGAGUUAGAGGUUCACUGCCAUGCCAUGAUGUGGAUUUAUCAUACUUUCAUCCCUAAGUGGGUGAUGUUUUGGUUUAAUUGUUGUGCAUUCCUCAAAUUGUGACCACUGCAGACAUCAUUUCAUCAGCACUACAAACUACACUUUGAUGUCUUUUUGUGAACUGAGGUGUGAAAACUAAAGCCUUUUUUUAAAUGUAUAAUCUUGUAUGACUACGUAUGUUUAGGAGUAUAAUGUGGAAAUGUACUGCGAUAUAAAUGUUUGGAAUAAGUGGUAAUACACAGAUUUAUCCACUGGGUGUCUCUGCUGGCCAGCAGAUGAGCCAAUGACAGCUCCCCCUGUCUCAGUGGCCCCUCCCUGAGACAACACCAAUACUUGAGACUGAACAGAUGUAGUGCAAAGCACAGUCAGUCACAUUAUUUGGUGCCUGAAUGGCAUCUCUGUUGUCUGUUUGCCUUAUGUUUUUGUCAUUUACUUUUCUUGAUUAUGUUGCGCGUUUGUGUAGAGUUUGGACCAAUGUCUCGUCUGAUUCACUCCAGCACCUUAAUUAGACGGAGACCCUGGAGUUGUUUAUUAAGUACAGAUUUGACAAAAUAUGUGGAGCGGAAACAUUAAUUACAAGAAUGCUGUCACUGAUUAUGUAUUGGUUAGCAAUAUUUAUAUAGAGAGAUAGUGGGCUGAAUGUCCACGAAAGGCACCUAGUUUCAUGUGGACUUAUGACGUUAAAAACAGGCUGAUAUGUGUUUGCCCUGUUAUUAUGCCAGCGUUGAUUGAUGCAUCCAUGCCAUUGUCUGUCACUGCUUGAUCCUCCCUAUUGUACAUGAAGUGGUGACCCAUGCCUGCACUGUUGUCAUAUGUGGUCAUAUGGCCUCUAACAAAGGCUCUUGCAUCUGCUCAGGUUUCUGCCUGUGAUGAAUAUCAUUCACUAGUAAUCUACCAUAAACCCCUUUAUAUAAUCUAUCUUUCAUUAUGAUAAUAUUAAGAUGGUUUAAAUAGAGAAAGUCUGCGUUAAAGGGAGUGAUAUAGCACUAUGACUAUGUAAACCACUGUAAAGACAAAAUAACAUUCCACUCUGGUCUCUCCCUAAAUCAGUGGAAAAGCGGUUCCUCUCUAUCUUGAAUGUUUUAAGAUGUUUUCAAACAAACAUGAAAACACGCUUUUAACGUGUUAAACACUAGAUACAAGUUGCUCAAAUUUAACAUGCAAAAACAUACAGCGCCGACAUGUACAAGAAGUUGUCUUGCAACCCAAAUGGCACAUAACCCGAAGGCACCCACCUGUAUUCACCUGCAGCUUUGGCUUAGCUGGCUUAGAGUUAAAGCACAUAGAGGGAAGCACAGGAAUGUUGAGCACAAUUUCACCAGUCGGUGAGUCAGUGUGGGUGAACUGGAUGAUGAAACUUACUUAUGGUCUGAUCCCUGCACCCUUUAAGGGGCCGCUCACUGAAAUGCACUGCCAUUUUCUCAAGAAUCUAACUGCACCAUUAGUUUGUUCUGCAAAUUUUCUGUAGCUACAGAUUGAUCUGCACAAUAAGUAUAUGGGAAAUGUCAGGGGUGACGAACCUAAGUUACAUAUGGAUGAGAGCACAAUCAAAACACAUGAGUUUAUAUAGCCUUUUGGAAAGCAUGUUUAAAACUCUGUGGCUUAUUCCAAUACAUGAAUUCGCACAGCCACGUUUCACCAAGGAGUUCCCACACUUUCAAGCACUAAUGAAAUAUUCUGCGCAGUGGAAACAAAAUGUCUUCUCAUAUUGGUUCAAAAUUGCUCAGUAAUAAGGUAUUGGCAUUUAGUAUUUAUAUUUGAUUGUUAUUAUUGAAAGCAAAGACUCCGACUCCAGGGUCUCUCUGUCUUGUCCAUGUGUCGGCUGUGUUGCAUUAUGUACUACAAAGCAACUUUUGGAGGUUAAGAUAAGACGCUGCGAUUGAUCAACUCAACAAAAGUAGGGUAAGAGUGUAUUUAUUUAACUGUGCAAUUAGUCUUUAUGUGACCAAACCCAUAGUUAUAUUUAUAGUAUUUAAGACAAUAUAUUUAAUCUGUACAUAUUGAUGUACAUUCUGAUAAAUUCACACUGAGUAUCUAUAGUAAGAGUGACAGGUUGUAUACUUGAGCUGUAAAUAAUAAUUGUAUAUUUUGAAAUAUUUUUUGAUUUUUGUACUGUAGGUAAUGUUACUUUGGUGUUUGUUGGUUUGUGGUGAUACUGUCUGGUUGUUCUCAAUCAAAGCUGAGCGAACGUGUGUGUGUGUGUGUGUGUGUGUGUGUGUGUGUGUGUGUGUGUGUGUGUGUGUGUGUGUGUGUAAAUUCAAAGUAUAUGUAGGUUUUUGGUGUUUAAAUGUGUGUUUUAUUUCUCUUCUCUCAGUGUUGUGUGCUGCUGAUCUAUUCCAGUAGAUAAAAUCCUGUUGUUGCAGUGAACUGGGACCAUUAAUGUAAGCAAUCUCUUCCCUGUGUCUCUCACUGGCUUCCAGCACAAAACUGGCAACACAAACAAAAGGAAAUGUUUGAGUAAAACAAUGAGCACAAGUUUUAUGGUUGAAGAGAGUGAUGAACUGUAGAAAAUACGAUGGAGGGAACAGGAAAUUAAAAUAACCACUUUUAUUAA